AUGUCUAACGAUUCAAAUACCAAUGUUGAUCCUCAACAAGAAUUGCAAUCCCUUCGGCAGCUUCGCGCGAGUUUGACCGGUCUAGAUGUUUUGACUAAGCAAAUUUUACAAGAUCUCGAAAUUAUGACUAGAAAUUAUGAGUCUAUCAAUGCAAUUUUUGAUGGCUGGAAAGUUACUAAAAAACGGGAACGGGAACCGUUAGACGCAACUAGGGACAGUGAUGGCAAAUGA